AUGUCCUCAUCUCCUCAAUCUUCUUCCACUUCACUUAUAAAAGGGAACUUCACCAUUCCAGCACAGCUAAAGUUUAUCAUUUCCAACAUAAAGCACAUUGUCAAUAUUCAACUCAACAGUGAUAAUCAUGCCAUUUGGAAACUUCAGGAUCUCACUGUCAUCCAGUAUUUGGCUCAUGUAAAGGCAUUGGUAGACAACAUUGCAGCCACCGGGUCUCAUGUGGAGCAAGAAGAUAUCAUUCUACACAUUUUGAAUGGCCUGUCAUCUUCCUACAAUGCUUUCAAGAUUGCUAUACGCACUCGACCUUCUGCUAUUAUGUUGGAUGAACUCUACUCUCUAUUAUUGAGCGAGGAGAUAAACAUUCAAAAUGAUCACUCCAAAGAAGCUGCUGCUCCGCCAGACUCUACUGCAAUGGUUGCUCUUAAAAUUUCAGCAAACAAAAACUCCAAUGCUGAACAAGCCAGAUCAAACCGUGGAAAAUUCUCUGCUUCAAACAGAGCACCAUCAUCAUGGUUCUUUAACACUUCACGUCCAUCGCGCAAUCCUUCUACCCCACGAGUCACCUGUCAAUUAUGCAACAAAGUUGGUCACUCUACUGCCCAGUGCUGGCAUCGUACAAAUCUCCAAUAA